AUGAGCGUCAAAUACACUCCGGUUCAGUGGAACCCAAACAAGUACGUAUAUGACCUCGUGGCGCUUGCAGGCAUCGUGCUUUACAUCGUGCUGUUCCUCAAGUUCGCACCUAUGGAAAUCGAACGGUCGCAGCAGGUGAACUACCCCAUUCUGCGCAUGCGUGCGUUUGGCACCUGCGCGUUCCUGCUCCUCUCGAUCAUCUUAUGCAUCGGUCCGCUGGCCCGGCUUGAUAAGCGCUUUCUUCCAUUGCUGUACAACCGUCGGCACCUGGGUGUUUUGACGUUCGCUGUCGCGCUGACCCACGCCAGCUAUGUCAUUGAUUGGUACUAUGUCUUUUCACCAACUGACCGCUAUGUGGCCCUUCUCACCAGCAAUGUAGACUAUGGUCAGUUCCUGGGCUUCCCCUUUGAAGCUUUCGGCAUUUUCUCGCUGUUUGUGCUGCUGGUCCUUGCGGUGACAAGCCAUGACUUCUGGUUGAAGUUCUUUACGCCACCCUUCUGGAAAGCGCUCCACAUGAUGAUUUAUGUGGGUUACGCCUCCCUGGUGGCACAUGUGCUUUUUGGUUACAUGCAAGGCGCGACAGACCCUAUCUUCCCUGUUCUUGUGCUCUUCUUUUCCGCUACCGUUUUGCUUCUCCAUAUUGCAGCUGGCAAGCGCGAGACGACAGCAGAUCGAUCCACCACGGCAAUGAUUGAGGGUGAUUGGGUCAAUGUUGCACGCCUAGAAGACCUUGAAGAUGAGCAUGGACAUGUGGUGCCGCUUCCAGGCGGCGAACGCAUCGCGAUAUUUCGAUAUGACGGAAAGCUCUCAGCCACAUCAAAUGCGUGUGCGCACCAGAACGGCCCCUUGGGCGAAGGGCGCAUUAUUGAUGGCUGCAUCACCUGCCCCUGGCACGGAUUUCAAUACCGACCUGAAGAUGGGUGUGCGCCUGCUCCCUUUACCGAAAAAAUCGCCACCUACCGGCUGCUUCUUAAAGAUGGUGACAUUCUUGUUGACCCAACACCCAACCCACCUGGAACACAUGUUGAUCCGGUCCUUAUUGGGGAGAGCGUCUAA